CCGACUGCAAGUUCGUGGUCAAUCAACGCAUCUAUUUACAUAAGUCAGUAGGUAAGUUUAAGUGACGGCUCUGGGUUUGUAGACAUCCUUGGGCAUUGUUUGCUGUGUAUUUCCACCUGAUUGAUCCAUUUCUUGUGAUUUGUGGCGGGUUUGCAGAUUGAGCCAAUCGAGCCGAGGAUUGGUGUCGCAGCAUACAAAGCAUAAGUGAAAAAAACAGCCUUCUGGUCUCGCCACUUCACUGUAGAAUCUCUAGGAGCCACCAACUUCAAUUGAGGCACCGAACUCCACUCGCUUCAAGGCAAGCAGCUAUCCGACAAGGACAAGAACAUUUGGGUCCACUCUCCUCUCUAGUUGAAGCCACACUAGACUCGUCGAGGCUCGAGCAUCAACGCCGUAUCCAUCCAUUCAAGCACCAUUCCGUCCGAAACAAUGCUGUCUAUGGUGAAUAGCAGCCAGCAAGUUGGCAACAACGCUGGCACUGCCAGCUCGAGCACCACAAACACAAGCGCCAGUAUGAACACAGGAACGUCCGUCGCACACGCAAUCGCGAGCUUGGCGCACACUGAGAACACCAUUGCGCAGUACAACCCGCUGGCUCUACAGCUCCAGCCGCCGCAAGAUUCUACGCGGCAUCACAUCAAUAACGCAACCAACAACGCCGCUGCAGUGCUCACGUCGGUCUCUCGUAUGCCGGCUACAGCUCCGAAGAAGCGAUCAACCAAGUCCAAGUGCUCUCCCGGUCUACGUAGUGGCAAGUGGACGCCAGAGGAGGAGGCGUUCACAAACACCAUUAUCCACUACUUCAAGCGCGGGCUCUUGGACGUAGAAGACGGCACUUCUCUCCGCUGGUAUCUUGCCAAGCGUCUGAAUUGCGAGGCCAUGCGUGUGACCAAGAAGCUCAAAGGUGACAGCUCCAUUGGCAAGCAGAUCUUCCGUUCCGUUGAGAACACACCGGUCAGUCGGCAAGCGAUUCGACACGCACGUGAAGAGGUUUCUGCAAUGGAAACUCGCUUCCUCGAGUCACUCAGCGGUAGUGGAGUCGGUCCGGGUACGCAGCAUAUUCCCUCCGCUUCAUUGCCGUCUUCCCUCGCUGUGUCUGUCCGUGGACGUAAGAUCCUGCCGAACAUGAAGAAUAGCGAUGGUCAGCCUCUUACGUUGGCACCCAUGCCGCAGCCUAAAUCCGAAGACGCCCGUCUGCUGAUGCACUUCUUCUGUGAAGCACAUGACGGCUCUGAAGAAGAACCGGAAGACGAGAAGAAAGUGGACAAGAAAGCCAAGUCUGGCAGUCUCAGCAUUGACCUGAGCGGGAAACUCGGCAAGAAGCGACCGCUGUCCACUGUCACCAACGUGGACAAGACCGAAGAGACUGAGGACAACAAGUCGCCAGUGAAAAAAGUAGCUUUGUCUCCUCCGGCAAAGAAGCAGGCGGUUGCGGUUGAGACCGUCUCCCCCACUGCUGAAUGA